AUGUCCAAGUGUCCUACAGCCGCCUCGGAUCCUGCUUCAGGGACCAAUUUCGGAGAUCUUUGCCCGAUCAAGGGUAACCAGGGACAAUUAUAUCGAUACCAUGUCGCCAGGGACGACGAUCUCAGAACUGCCAUCUAUGUCAGUCGUACCUGGAAUGCCGUCUGGAACCCCUAUCUUUACGAAAAGGACCUCGAUAGCCAUUAUAAUGAGCCUUCAUACUGGAUACAAAACAUGGACCAUUUCCAUCUCCCUGAGUACAUCUCCAACUCUGCAAUCGUUCAUCCUCCGUUGCGUGAGCCUUCGCGCCUGGUGUCAUAA